AUGGAGAUCGCCUUGGUGAGUUUUGAGAACGGCGGCGCCAAAGGGAGCGGUGGAGGCGGAGGAGGCGGCAAUGCCGAGGAGAGCUGCCGGAACGCGCUGGAUGUCCCUCAGCCCGGCUUCGUGCAGACUGGACUCGGGGAGGACUUCGGCAAAGAGCUGAACACCCGGGGGAGUCCCCAGCCGCGGCUGCACCCGCUCAGCAGCUCGUGGAAAAUCAACGACAUGAACAGCACCUUCAGCUGCAGCGAGAACGCCAUGGAUGCGCUUUUACGCGCGGACCACAGUCCGCAUCUGUUCGACGAGGACAUGAUGGACAUGCACAUGGACACGGAGAGCAACGAGAGGGUGCUCAUCAACAUCGCCGGGCUGAGGUACGAGACCCAGCUGGGAACCCUCAACCAGUUCCCCGACACUUUGCUCGGAGACCCCGCCAAGAGGAUCAAGUACUUCGACCCGCUCCGGAACGAGUACUUCUUCGACCGCAACAGACCGAGUUUUGACGGGAUUUUGUAUUUUUACCAGUCAGGGGGGAAGGUCCGGAGACCCGUGAACGUGUCCAUCGACGUGUUCGCGGAUGAGAUCAGGUUUUACCAGCUGGGGGAGGAGGCCAUGGAGCGGUUCCGAGAGGACGAGGGCUUUAUAAAAGAGGAGGAGAAGCCGCUGCCUCAGAACGAGUUCCAGAAGCAGGUCUGGCUCAUAUUCGAGUACCCGGAGAGCUCGAUUCCCGCCCGGGGCAUCGCCAUCGUGUCCGUGCUCGUCAUCACCAUAUCCAUCAUCACCUUCUGCAUGGAGACGCUGCCAGAGUUCCGGGACGAGCGGGAGCUGAUGGUCACCAACCGCCUGGACAACAGCACCGCGCCGCGGCCGUCCCUCACCUUCACCGACCCCUUCUUCAUCAUCGAGACCACGUGCGUCAUCUGGUUCACCUUCGAGCUCUUCGUGCGCUUCUUCGCGUGCCCGAGCAAGUCCGAGUUCUCCAAGACAGUCAUGAACAUCAUCGACAUCAUGUCCAUCAUGCCUUACUUCAUCACAGUGGGCACGGAGCUGGCGGAGCAGCAGGGCCAGGAGCACCAGAACGGGCAGCAGGCCAUGUCCCUGGCCAUCCUGAGGGUCAUCCGCCUGGUGCGGGUCUUCAGGAUCUUCAAGCUCUCCAGACACUCCAAGGGGCUCCAGAUCCUGGGCCAGACCCUGAAGGCCAGCAUGCGGGAGCUGGGCCUGCUCAUCUUCUUCCUCUUCAUCGGGGUCAUCCUCUUCUCCAGCGCCGUGUUCUUCGCGGAAGCGGACGAGCCGGAGUCUCACUUCUCCAGCAUCCCGGACGCCUUCUGGUGGGCGGUGGUGACCAUGACCACGGUGGGCUACGGGGACAUGAGGCCGGUGACGGUGGGGGGGAAGAUCGUGGGCUCGCUGUGCGCCAUCGCCGGUGUGCUCACCAUCGCGCUGCCGGUGCCGGUCAUCGUGUCCAACUUCAACUACUUCUACCACCGGGAGACGGACCAGGACCAGUCCUCCCUGAAGGACGAGCCCAACAGUGGCCGGGCGAGUCCCGAGCUCAAGCGUAAAGGAAGUAAAUCCUCCAACAAGUCCCAGGAAGCGGAGAACAACGACGCGACCGCCGCUGGAGAGAAGGCGAAUAUCAAGGCCAACAGCAGCAUGGACUUCAAGAGAUCCCUGUACGCGUUCUGCCUGAACACACGGGAGACGGACCUGUAG